UUGACUUGGAGACGUCGUGGGGGUGUGACCGAAUCCAGCAAAGUAGGAGACGGGAGGGGGGAAGCUUCUUUUGCUUCCGCGCGGCGAUCUCACGUCCAAACCCAUCCAUCCAACCCACCGCCCAAGGUCGCCGCGGAUCUAGCGAGCCUCGGCGGAGCGGAGAUGAAGAUCACGGCGCUCGUCGUGCUGAAGCCGUCGGCCGGAGGCGCCGGGGGCUCCUCCUCCAGCGGCGGGCAGGGCUCCGAGGCGCUCGUGCUGGCCAACGCCACGGACGUCAGCCACUUCGGCUUCUUCCAGCGCGGCGCCGCCCGCGAGUUCAUCGUCUUCGUCGCCCGCACCGUCGCCCAGCGCACCCAGCCCGGCCAGCGCCAGUCGGUCCAGCACGAAGAAUACAAGGUUCACUCACACAACAGAAAUGGCCUCUGCGUGGUGGCAUUUAUGGAUGAUCACUAUCCUGUACGAAGUGCAUUUUCUCUUCUGAAUAAGGUACUUGACGAAUACCAGAAGGCUUUUGGGGAUGCUUGGAAAGCCGCCACAGCAGAUUCCACUCAAGAGUGGCCUUUCCUGAUGGAAGCUUUGACAAAAUUUCAGGAUCCUGCAGAGGCUGACAAGUUAACAAAAAUUCAGAGGGACUUGGAUGAAACAAAAAUUAUCCUACAUAAAACUAUAGAGAAUGUCCUUCAAAGAGGAGAGCGAUUGGAUAGCUUGGUUGAAAAAAGCUCAGACCUGAGUGCUGCUUCACAGAUGUUCUACAAGCAGGCGAAGAAAACAAACAGUUGUUGUACUAUACUCUGAAGUUUGAACCGUGAUCCUUCAAUCUUUCUUGGAAGGCUCCAGAAAGAAAAUCAAUUGAAUAUCGUUGUGUUGUACCGUAAGUCCGAUUGCUCAUGAAAACGUGCCGGGGUCAAUACUGUAAAUCUGUUAUUCUUUGGUGACGCCUUGGAAUAGCAACUAACAUCACUUAGCAAUGGCCAACAUCAUUGUCUGCCCUGCGUAGAUUGUCGAGAUCUCUCAGUUCUCAAGUAUGUUGGAGCACCGUUGCUGCCCUUAAUUUAUGUACUUUUUGUUGGAAUACUGGUUGCUAUUCAUAAUUUAUGUUUGCAAUAUGAUUGAAGGUUGAUGGUACUA